CUCAUUAUACUAAACUCAAGGACCAUGGCAAAUCAAGUCUCCAAACAAAUAUUCAAAAUCAUGUUGUCUUUCUUCUUAUUCGUUUUACUCCUCUCUGAUACGGUCUCAUCGGUCCGAAAAUCAAUCGACCUGAAAAAACCAUGCAAACAUUUCGUCCUCCAUCUCCAUAACAUUGCCUACGAUAGUGAUAACGCGGAUAAUGCCACAUCAGCAACCAUUGUAAACCCUAUAGGACUAGGCAACUUCAAUUUUGGGAAGUUUGUAGUCUUUGACAACCCUGUAACAAUGGACGAGCACUACCUCUCGGAACCGGUGGCUCGUGCCCAAGGCUUCUUUUUCUACAACAAGAAGACAACCUACAACACGUGGAUGACUUUCACGUUGUUGUUUAACUCAACGCAGCACAAAGGGACCAUGACCAUAAUCGAUGCGAAUCCUAUGAUGGAGCCGACCAGAGACCUAUCGAUUGUUGGUGGGACCGGUGAUUUCCUCAUGACUCGUGGGAUUGUUACGUUUACGACCGACACCUUUGAAGGCAGCAAGUAUUUUCGUAUCAAACUGGAUAUUAAACUCUACGAGUGUUACUAAUAUAUGUGUCCUUUUGUCUCCGUUUGGGUUGCAUGUGUGUGUGGACAUUUCAAUAAUGCAUUGAAGGUGAUGAUUCUUCAAGUUGCAACAUAAUGGUAUUGUAAUUCGCUUGUAACGAGUUUUGUGAUGAUAAUAAUUAUCUUGUUUUGUUUACCAAAACAUAAAUGUACUUUUAAAGUAUCUCCU